AUGUAUGGGGAUCCAAGUGGGAGUGGCACGGAGCUGCGGGAGAUCCUCCAACAUCUGAACUGCACGGCUCAGCCAGGAUUUGGUGUAGAUCAGCUACAAGAUGACAACCUAGAAACUUACUGGCAAUCAGAUGGUUCCCAGCCUCAUUUAGUGAACAUCCAAUUCAGAAGGAAAACAACAGUGAAGACAUUAUGCAUUUAUGCAGACUACAAAUCCGAUGAAAGCUAUACCCCAAGCAAAAUCUCAGUGAGAGUUGGAAAUAAUUUUCACAACCUUCAGGAGAUUCGGCAACUGGAAUUGGUGGAACCAAGUGGCUGGAUUCAUGUCCCCUUAACUGAUAAUCAUAAGAAGCCAACUCGAACAUUCAUGAUACAAAUUGCUGUUCUAGCCAAUCAUCAAAACGGAAGAGACACCCACAUGAGACAAAUUAAAAUAUAUACACCAGUGGAAGAGAGCUCCAUUGGCAAAUUUCCUAGAUGUACAACUAUAGAUUUCAUGAUGUACCGUUCAAUAAGGUGA